AUGUAUAUUAGAUUAGUUGUUGGGGUAGUUGUUGGGAUGGUUAUUUGUGUAUAUGCGCCUCAGGUGAAGUUGGGGGAUAGUGAGUCUACGAUUUUUUGGGGUUGUUUGGAUGAUUUGGUUCGAAGUAUUCCUCAAGACCAAUUUAUAUUUGUUGGUGGUGAUUUUAAUAGUCACAUUGGUGCAAGAGUGGAUGGAUAUCAAGGUAUUCAUGGCGGGUUUGGUUAUAGUGUUAGAAAUGACAAUGGUUCGGCACUUUUGGAAUUUGCGACAGCACAUGAUUUAGUGAUUGUUAACUCUUGUUUUCGCAAGCGUGAUGAUAAUCUAAUUACUUUUAGGAGUGGAGGUCGUGCUACUCAGAUUGAUUAUCUUCUUAUUCGUAGUAGAGAUUUCAGAUUUCGUUCAGAUUGUCAAGUUUUUCCAAAAGAAGCUUGUGCUUCGCAACAUCGUCUUUUAGCCAUGGAUUUAUCUUUGGCUAGUCCGCUAGUGGAGGGAUUGAGCGUUGCUACACCAAGAAUUCUUUGGCGAAAUUUAACAGGAUCGAAAGUAGCAGAAUUUAAAGACAUGCUUGAGGGUUGUUUUAGGUUGGUAGAUGAUGUAGACCAAAUGUGGACAACUAUGGCUAACUCAAUUAGGAGUGCAACAAAGAGGGUGUUGGGAGUGUCAUCAGGAAAGGUUAGUGCUUAUAAAGAGUCGUGGUGGUGA